AUGACUCAAGGAUCUAGACUGUACUUUGCAGUGGCUGUUCUGAUGUGUGCAUUUGUCUCCAUUAAUGGUGUGGGUCUGAAUGAUUUGCUGGAGCGAGCCUCUCAACUUUCAGACAAACUUCACUCUCUCAGCACCUCUCUCACCAAUGACCUGGAUUCUCACUUUCCUCCUGUUGGGAGGGUAAUGAUGCCCCGUCCGUCCAUGUGCCACACAUCCUCCCUUCAGAUUCCCAAUGACAAAGACCAAGCCCUGAAAGUCCCGGAGGAUGAGUUGCUGUCUCUGGCUCGGUCACUGCUGCUGGCGUGGUCCGAUCCCCUAGCCCUUCUCUCCUCUGAGGCGUCCAGCCUGGCACAUCCAGAACGCAACACCAUUAACAGCAAAACCAAAGAGCUGCAGGACAACAUCAGCAGCCUGGGAGCAGGUCUGGAGCAUGUCUUUAACAAGAUGGGCUCAUCUUCAGACAACCUGUCCACUCUCCCUUUUCACGUCAACAGCCUCGGCCAGGAUAAAACCUCUCGACUUGUCAAUUUCCAUUUCCUGCUUUCCUGUUUCCGCAGGGACUCCCACAAAAUUGACAGUUUCCUCAAAGUCCUUCGCUGCCGGGCAGCCAAGAAGAGGCCUGAAAUGUGUUAA